CAACCCACCGGAAACCGAAUCAAAAACCAGCAGCGGCCGCAGCAGCGGCAGCAGCGGGGAGGAGCGAGCCUUGUAUCGGGCCGCCCCGUACGCGCAUUCCACGUGGUCGCUACUCCCUCCGCCCCUCACUCCCCUCCGACGAAAACACCUGCGGGCUGCGGCCCUGCCCGCCCCGGCCAGAUUGCGCUCGACGGGAUAGGCGUAGGUAUUAAAUCCGGGAGAUCGGAUUGGAAACAAAAUCGAAUCCCCGAAUCUGGGUUGCUCGCCCUGAUCGUCCGUGGGUUCGCGCGGCGUCGGCGGCGGCCAUGGGGGCGAUUGGUUGCCGUCGGGCCGGGGGGCCCGUGGGCUGGCAGUACGUCUUCGAGGAUGAGGAGGACGAGCGCGAGGACGAGGACGCGCCGCUCGUGGAGGAGGAGGGGGCGGACGAGGACUGGGGGGUCGAGAUGGAGAGGAGGGGGACGAAGAGGAAGGGGCCGCGCUCGUCGCGGCCGCGCAAGCGGCGGCGCGUCGCCACGCUCUGCCCCUCGCCGGCGUCGUCCGACUCCGGGUCUCCGUCGUCGAGCGCCGUGCCCAAGCGGCGGCGCGUCGCCAAGCUCUGCGCCUCGCCGGCGUCGUCCGACUCCGGGUCCCCGUCGUGGAGCGCCGUGCCCAAGAGGCGGCGCAGCGGAAACGGGGCCAAGAGGGGCCGCCCCGUCGCCGUGCCCGCGGAAACGGCUGCGCCCGCACCAGAGGAGGCGACGCCGAGCACUAGCACCGCGGGCCGCGCCAAGGGGAGGAGGUCGUGCCACCAGUGCAAGGCGGCAAUGAAGCAGCAGAUGACCAAGUGUAAGCGAUGCCGCGAGAAGAUCUACUGCGGCCCCUGCAUCGAGGAUAUGUAUCCGGAGUUGUCGUUGGCCGAGGUUAGAGUCAGGUGCCCGUCCUGCCGUGGAAUCUGCAAUUGUAAACGGUGCACUGCCAAGGAGCAGGGUGAACCCAAGAGUUCAGUUUUGAGGAAACGCAACGGCAGUAGAUCAGUAACGAAGAGAAAGAAGACUAACACCUCAGGUGUAAAGUCAACCAGGGUUCGGAAUGAGGUGGCACAGACCGAAGCAAAUGACAACUCCUUCCUAAGUUCCAAUGAGAUUAAUAGCACAUCGGUCAUAUUAGACAAGGUAGAUACGUUGGAUGCAAGAGCUGAUGAGAUUGCUCGUGAAACUAAAGUAAAACAUGCUAGAUAUCUGUUGCACUAUCUGGUGCCUUGUUUGAGUGACCUGAACAGGGAUCAGAUGGUUGAGAGAAAAAUGGAGGCCAAAAUUCAAGGGUUGGAAUUGUCUGAACUGAGUGUUGAACAGGCUGACUGCCGAAAUGAUGAGAGGAUGUUCUGUGACAAUUGCAGAACUUCGAUCUUUGAUCUGCAUAGAAGCUGUCCAAACUGCUCAUAUGAAUUAUGCAUUGCGUGCUGUAAGGAGCUUCGUGAAAAUAAUCUUAAGGGCUCUUGUCGGGAAGAGCUGGUAUCUUAUCCUCAUAGAGGAAUCGACUAUAUGCAUGGUGGUGAUCCAUCACCUGAGUUGAUGAACUGCGUACAAACAGACCUGUCCAGUUGCCAGCCUAAGACUACCAAGUGGUGUGCUAAUACUGAUGGGACUAUUAAUUGCCCCCCACCUGAACUUGGUGGUUGUGGUGAUCAUGCCCUUAAGUUGAGACAGAUGUUUCCAAAAGAUUGGUUAAAUAAGCUUGAAAGCGAUGCUCUACAGUUGAGUAAGCAGCUAGAACCUUCUGAUAUUGUCAGCGGAUAUACAAAUGAAUGCCCGUGCUGUACUAAACAUGAAAAUGCAAGACAUGCUGCCACCAGAGAUAAUUCAACAGAUAACUGCCUAUACUGUCCAAAAUCAGAUAAUGAGAAAACAGACGAUCUAACUCACUUCCAGAGUCACUGGGUUAAAGGAGAACCUGUUAUUGUACAAGGGGUACUACAGAAAAUGCCACAUUUGAGCUGGGAACCACCACAUAUGUGGUCUGAAGUACAUGGUGCUAGUACUACCCCUGAUAUGAAAAAUGUGAAGUGUAUUGAUUGUUUAUCUUGUUGUGAGGUCGAGAUACGCACACAGGAUUUCUUCAAUGGAUACUAUUAUGGUCGGGUGUAUCAAAAUGAAUGGCCCGAAAUGCUUAAAUUGAAGGACUGGCCUACUUCAAAUCAUUUUGAAGAGCUUUUACCUUCGCAUGGAGUGGAAUACAUCAAUUCUUUACCCUUUCAACCGUACACAAAUUUGAAAUCUGGCUUGCUAAGUGUCUCCGCAUUGCUUCCUGAUGACAUUCUAAAGAUUGACAUGGGCCCAAAGUCAUACAUAGCUUAUGGCUAUGCGCAGGAACUUGGCAGAGGAGAUUCUGUUACGAAGCUUCAUUGUGAUAUAUCUGAUGCAGUUAACGUUUUGAUGCAUACUGCAAAAGUUGCCCCUUCUGAAGGACAAGAAAAUGCAAUAAAAAACUUGAAAGCAAGACAUGAGCUACAAGAUGAAAAGGACUGUUGUGGGAAUUUUGCAAUUGAUGGAAGUGAUGCAUGUCAUAAAAACUGUCUGGAUUCAAACCACACAUCCUCUCCUAACUGCAGCAUGGACGAUGAUGGAGGUGCUUUAUGGGAUAUUUUCAGGAGGGAGGAUGUUCCAAAACUGGAAACAUACCUUCGUAAACAUUCCAAGGAAUUUCGCCAUAUAUAUUGUUCUCCAGUUGAAAAGACAUUUAACCCUCUACAUGAUGAAACAUUCUAUCUAACCGAGGAACAUAAAAGGAGACUUAAAGAGGAGCAUGGAAUCGAGCCUUGGACAUUUGUACAAAAACUUGGAGAGGCAGUUUUUAUACCUGCUGGGUGCCCUCAUCAAGUACGGAAUCUCAAGUCUUGCACGAAAAUUGCUAUAGAUUUUGUAUCACCUGAGAAUGUCCAGGAGUGUGUCAAGUUAACUCAGCAAUUCCGCGUGCUUCCUAAGAACCACAGAGCAAAAGAAGAUAAAUUAGAGGUACAUCUCACAUCAUUAAAUUGCUCGAGGCGAUGUUCUCGGCGUAGUCCCAAUCUUGUGUGAUGACGGGAUACCCUUCGUGAGGAUGUCGGCGAACUAGCGAGAUGAGGGAACAUGCAGUACACGCACUUGCCCCAGGGCAACACGAUCACGAACAAAGUGGAGGUCGAUCUCGAUGUGCUUGGUGCGCUGAUGCUGGAUGGGGUUCGUCGACAUGUAGACGGCGCUGACAUUGUCAUAAAAGAUAAUCGUGGUGGUCGGUGAAGGGCGAUGGAGCCUGUGAAGAAGCUGCCGAAUCCAGUUGGCCUCGGCAACGGCAUUGGCCACGGCUCGAUGUUCAGCUUCGGCACUGGAACGGGACAUGGUAUGUUGGCGUUUUGACGACCAAGAGACGAGGUUAUCACCAAGAAAGACGCAGAAGCCCGAAGUGGAACGACGAGUGUCAGGGUAUCCAGCCCAGUCGGCGUCGGUGUAGGUGAUCAUGGAACCCGACAAUGUGGAGUAGAGCUGGAGGCCAUGAGAGAGCGUGCCCUUGAUGUAACGCAAGACACACUUGAUGGCCGCAAGGUGCUGUUCAUGAGGAUCAUGCAUGUGAAGGCAGACCUGCUGAACAUCGGCGAUAUCGGGGCGCGUGAAGGUGAGGUAUUGCAACGCCCCAGCAAGACUCCGAUACUCUGUCGUAUCAGCCACAGGAAGGCCAGCGGUGGCGGCGAGCUUGGGCGACAUGUCAGCCCACCGAAGAAGAGUCAGCGCAUCUUUAAUAUCACGUCAAAUGUUUACGGUGCCUGCAAUCUUCGGAGUCGAUGGUGCACUGUUGCGGACCUAGUCACUCCACCACCAGUGGAUGACUAGUGAGAUGGAACUUAAUGAUACCAAUCGUUGACACAUCCCCAACCAUUGUUGGACCAAUAAGAGGAAGUGAUGCCAAACAAAUCCGUGAUCAGGUGAAUGCUAACUUGAGUUUAUCUUAUAGUUCGAUGAAUGGCUGUCCUUUCAUCUUCGUUGUUGUUAAUCAAACUCAGGCGCCAUGUUGAGGAAGCCAACCAUUUUUCAGUUCUUGAAGAAACAAACCUGCAGAAACAAAGUUAUAAAUGAAUUGCUUUGAACACUUAUGAUAAGUUCAAAAAGAAAAGAAAAAAUACUUGCCUUUGAUCUUUUGUUGUUGAAACAACAUCCUCGAACUGCAGCGUGACAAUGGGGCAUACUACUAAACGUAGUCAUCGAGUCUACUUUUCAACCCUAUAAAACAUGUAUCAUUUGAAGUAGGCGUGUUUGGGAAAAGCUAUUGCACAAGAGUUGCCUAGUUUGCCAAGUUUGUGACUUAUCCACCCAAAGAAUCCAUGCAAAUAUUGUUGUCAUUUGGGAUUAUGGUUGCACCUAGCUAGAGUGGUUGUCCCCGUCUCUCUCGACCUAUGACGAAACUCUCCAGUUACUAGCUACAAGCUGAUGCAAAACAAGUGCUCCUUGCUGCCAUUGUUCUUGCCAGUCCAUUCGGAUUCGCAAGAACGAUGUUUCCCCUAAUUCACGCCCUAUGUUUAUCAACAUUUUGUGUGAACAGGUACUAAUUCAGCAACUCUCAAAGCUAUAGCUUCUCCCCGUUGGCCUUGCUUACACUACAGUAAGGUCACUUGGCUUGGAAAGCUAGGCUAUUUCAGUGAUUCAUAGGUGAGGGACUCUUGAUAAGGUCCUCUUUCUCUCAAGGACCAGAUAACAACAAAGGAUUGCCUUUGAAUUGCAUUUCCCUUUGCAGCUCUCAUUUGCACCUCCCCGGAUAGGUGUCUUUUCUCUCGACACGUUCCUCUCUUAAACGCUGACCAGGUCUCUCUUACAACCUCCCUCUGUCUUUGUUUAGUGAUGGAAUACUGCAUCUACAGAGCCAUAAUUGUUGUCUUAACUAUUGGGCUCUCUAAUCCAUUCGCUCCCCUUUCAUCUUGGUGUCAGUGUCGGUCCAGUAGAGUGUUUUUGCCAUUGGUGUUCUUUUCUAUCUCGAUGCAUUUCACCGCUCUAUCAAAAAUUCUCUCUGCCCCUACCGUAUUCCAGCUUCAGCCCUGGGAUUUCGCUUCAAGCCACAUACAAUUUGGUUUACAUUUUCUUGAUUGUUCAGACAAUGGAUCAAAGUCCGUGUAGCUUCGAAUCACCUUCCUAACUAAUGGUUCACAUUAAACCUUCCACUUGCAACUACUUCCCUCCCCCACAUUGAUCUUACGUAGUGAAGAUCUGGAGCUCGCCAGGGUCGUUAUUGGUGUCCCUGUUGGGUUUUCUGUAUUGGUUUUCCAAUUUUUAUGUGGCCUCUGCUUUCUUCUAAUUCUUCUAUGCUUUUUCCUCUUCCGUUUUUUUCUUUCUAUUUUUGCUUACUGCACGUUUGUGCGCAUGUGCGGCUCAGUGUGUA